AUGGCGCGGCCUAUUGCGACGGAGGCGCAGCUGGAUGCAGCCUUUGCGCCCCUAUUUCCUGUAUUCCAACUCUCUGAGACAGAAGAUACAUGGGACCGCAUCGACAAGGCCCUUGCACAGCUACAGAGUCUUACCAAGCAAGGGGCAACAAAAGUGUCCAGCUAUAUCGCCCAUAUUCGCGAUAUUGCUCCUUGUAUCACGCGAUCUCUCUUAUCGGACCGAACGAAGCUCUCUGGCACAGCCAGUGAUGUCAUUAAUUCCAUGGCCCCCCGGUUAGGAGAGCGUUUCGCCGCUCUUCUCUCAGUGUUUUUACCGCCGCUGUUGCAGCUCUGUGCUCGGACAAAUAAGGUAGCACUACGAAGGGCCGAGAAAAGCUUGCAUUUGAUCUGCCAUCACUGCCGUCUUCCUCAGGCAAUACCCUAUUUUGGACAGGCGCUUCGAGACAAGUCCACAACGCUCCGUACGACAGCAGCGAGCUGCCUAGUGAUCUUGCUGGAAGAACUCGAUCGAGGUCAACUUUCGAAGCGUGUCGAGGAUAUUGAACAUGCGAUCCAGAUACUUGCUGCUGAUGCCCAUCCACAGGCACGUACUUUAGGUCGCCAGAUGUAUGCAUUGUAUGCAGGGCUCUGGCCUGAACGUCGCCCUAGUCUAUUUGAAACAUUGGGAGCUACUGCACAGCGAUACCUGUCUUCUGUGUCAGCUGCCAUGCCGAAAUCGACGCAGGUGGAUGAUGCGCAAGAGACCACACGCACAGUUUUGCGCGUAUCGCGCUUACCUUCACAGGGAGUUCCUGUCUCUCGCGAUCCCCCUCAUUCCCAGCGAGUGGUGAUGCCUGAAAAAGAGCGUGAGAACAUGGAUGUUGCUCCACAGGAAGACGAUGCGCGUAUGCCGGCGACAUCGUGGGCAGACCCUUUUGCCAAGACAGGUGUCCCCCCGCUGCCACCUAAGGGAUCGUCCCCCAGCGAUGGUAUUGCCUAUCGGCUUGCUUUGGCACGUGAACAAGCGAAGCUCCGUGCAUCGCAACGGCAUGGCACUGCACAGUCCACUGAACUGUCGGAAGCGCGUUUAUUGUCUCGUGCGCUGCUUCGUCCUACUGCCUCGUUGGGCGGCGCACGCCGUGUUGCUGUAUCGCGCCCUGCGAUGAACGUAUCGACGCCUCCUCAAAAAGCACCCUCCGACAAGCUUUCAUCACUACAUGCAGCCGGCCACGUAUCUACACGAAAGCAAUUUACACCGCAACGCCGCCCUUUUGGUGUGAUCAACGAUGACCGCUCCCCCGACACGAAACGCAUGCAUGGGCCCACGAGUCCUUGGGCUUCAAUGAAUACCUAG